GAAGCGAAAGCUCUCAUGCGAGCGUCAGCGCGGUUACGUCAGACGCACUACCGAGUGAAAGAACCAGAGCAGGAGAAUGUUUACAGUACGCCGCCAUUUACGUCACGCUCACAGACGUACUCUCAGCGUUCUCAUCUCUCCUCCUUCACCAUGAAGCUGAUGGACAAAUUCCACUCGCCCAAAAUCAAGAGAACACCAUCAAAGAAGGGAAAACCAGCUGAGGUGUCCGUGAAAAUUCUGGAGAAGCCUGUGAACAAAGAGGCAACAGACAGAUUUCUACCAGAGGGCUACCCUAUCCCCUUGGAUCUGGAGCAGCAGGCAGUAGAAUUUAUGUCCACCAGUGCUGUGGCUUCCAGGUCUCAAAGGCAGAAGAGCCUGAGCUGGCUGGAGGAGAAGGAGAAGGAAGUCGUCAGCGCCUUGCGCUACUUUAAAACCAUUGUGGACAAAAUGGCUAUCGAUAAGAAGGUGCUGGAGAUGCUCCCCGGGUCAGCCAGCAAGGUGCUGGAGGCCAUCUUGCCGCUGGUGCAGAGCGACCCUCGGAUUCAGCACAGCUCAGCCCUCUCCUCCUGCUAUAGCCGAGUGUACCAGAGUCUCGCCAACCUCAUUCGCUGGUCUGACCAAGUGAUGCUAGAAGGUGUGAACUCGGAAGAUAAAGAGAUGGUGACAACUGUGAAGGGGGUCAUCAAGGCCGUGCUGGACGGAGUGAAGGAGCUGGUCAGGCUCACCACUGAGAAGCAGGGGCGUCCGUCUCCCACGAGCCCAGUGAAGCCCAGCUCGCCAGCCUGCAAACCCGAUGGCCAGUCCGAGCUCCCCCUGACGGAUCGCGAGGUGGAGAUCCUGAACAAGACAGCCGCCAUGUCGCCGUCGGCCGAGCUGCCCCUGGACUGUGCCGAUGAGGAGGCCGCACCCCCCAAACCCCCCCUCCCUGGCAUUCGGGUGGUUGAUAAUAGCCCUCCGCCAGCAUUGCCACCAAAGAAAAGACAGUCGGCUCCCUCUCCGACCCGAGUGGCCAUCGUGGCCCCCAUGAGUAGAGCCACCAGCGGCUCCAGCUUGCCUGUGGGAAUUAACCGGCAGGAUUUUGACGUGGACUGUUACGCACAGAGGCGACUGUCAGGAGGCAGCCACUCGUACGGCGGAGAGUCCCCCCGCCUGUCCCCCUGCGGCAGCAUCGGCAAGCUCAGCAGGUCAGACGAGCAGCUGUCCUCCCUGGACAGGGACAGCGGGCAGUGCUCCCGCAACACGAGCUGUGAAACCCUAGAUCAUUAUGACCCUGACUAUGAAUUCCUUCAGCAAGACCUCUCGAACGCAGACCAGAUACCUCAGCAAGUGGCCUGUAACCUUAGCCCGUUGCCGGAGUCCUUGGGAGAAUCUGGGUCUUCGUUUCUCGGCCAUCCUUUCCAGUUGCCUCUUAUCAGCUGUCCCCAGCCAGACGGGCCCCUGGCCCCAGGGCAGCAGAUGGACACACCGCCCGCCCUCCCCGAGAAGAAGCGCAGGAGCGCAGCCUCCCAGACCGCGGACAGCUCUGGCUGCAGGGUGUCCUACGAGCGGCACCCCUCCCAGUAUGACAACGUCUCCGAGGGCGACCUGCAGAACCCAGCCCCGGCCGGCCCCUUCACACCCUUCGCUGCUAUCCCCCCCUUUCAGCAAGGGGGUCCUUCAGCCUCUGUCGAAUUUGUGGGUGAUUUCGCUGUCUCUGAAUCAACGGGUGACCCAGAAAAACCGCCUCCUCUACCAGAGAAGAAAAACAAACACAUGCUGGCCUACAUGCAGCUGCUGGAGGACUACUCGGAGCCGCAGCCGUCCAUGUUCUACCAGACGCCGCAGAGCGAGCACAUCUACCAGCAGAAGAACAAGCACCUCAUGGAGGUGUACGGCUUCAACGACUCCUUCAGCAGCGCCGACGCCCCGCAGGACCUGGCGCCGCCCCCUGCCCUGCCCCCCAAGCAGCGGCAGCUGGAAUCACCAGCUGUGAAAGACGGACACCCUAGAGACCCCUCUUCAGUCAGCAGUGCCCCUGGGAAGGACAGCAGAGACGGCGGGGAGAGGGACCCAAAGUCACCAGAUGCUCCAGAGUCGGCUCAGUCAGAAGAAGAAGUGGACGAGCUGUCCCUCAUUGACCACAAUGAAAUUAUGGCCAGGCUGACACUCAAGCAAGAGGGUGAUGAUGGGCCAGACGUCCGUGGAGGAUCUGGGGACAUCCUACUGGUCCACGCUACUGAGACGGACAGGAAAGACCUGGUGCUGUACUGCGAGGCCUUCCUGACCACCUAUAGGACCUUCAUCGCCCCCGAGGAGCUCAUCAAGAAGCUGCAGUACAGGUACGAGAAGUUCUCUCCGUUUGCUGACACAUUCAAGAAGCGGGUCAGCAAGAACACGUUCUUCGUGCUGGUGCGGGUGGUGGAUGAGCUCUGCCUAGUGGAGCUGACGGAAGAGAUCUUGAAGCUGCUGAUGGAGCUGGUCUUCCGCCUGGUGUGCAGCGGCGAGCUCAGCCUGGCCCGCGUGCUCCGGAAGAACAUCCUGGACAAGGUGGACCAGAAAAAGCUGCUCAGGUGUGCCAACUCCGACCAGCCGCUGGCCGCCAGGGGAGUGGCAGCCAGGCCGGGGACCUUGCAUGAUUUUCACAGCCAUGAAAUAGCCGAGCAGCUGACACUGCUGGAUGCUGAGCUCUUUUAUAAAAUAGAGAUUCCUGAGGUUUUGCUUUGGGCAAAAGAGCAGAACGAGGAGAAGAGCCCCAACCUGACCCAGUUCACGGAGCACUUCAACAACAUGUCCUACUGGGUCCGGUCGAUAAUCAUGCUUCAGGAAAAGGCCCAGGACAGGGAACGGCUGCUCCUGAAGUUCAUCAAGAUCAUGAAGCAUUUACGGAAGCUCAACAAUUUCAACUCCUACCUGGCCAUCCUCUCAGCACUGGACUCGGCGCCCAUCCGCAGGCUAGAGUGGCAGAAGCAGACCUCAGAGGGCCUGGCGGAGUACUGCACGCUGAUCGACAGCUCAUCCUCCUUCCGUGCCUACCGGGCCGCCCUCGCAGAGGUGGAGCCGCCGUGCAUCCCGUACCUGGGGCUCAUCCUGCAGGACCUCACCUUCGUUCACCUGGGAAACCCAGACUAUAUAGAUGGCAAGGUGAAUUUUUCCAAACGGUGGCAGCAGUUCAACAUCCUGGACAGCAUGCGGUGCUUCCAGCAGGCGCAUUACGACAUCCGGCGAAACGACGACAUCAUAAACUUUUUCAAUGACUUCAGUGACCACCUGGCCGAGGAGGCCCUAUGGGAACUCUCUCUGAAAAUCAAACCCAGAAACAUAACAAGGAGGAAAACAGACCGGGAAGAGAAGACCUAAGGGCAGGUGCCGGAGCGAGGAGAGCGCUCAGGAGAGGCUCAGCGGGCGGCUCCGAGACCGGAAGGGACUUUGGACCUGUUAGGUGGCAGCAGCGAGCGCCCGGCCUCAGAGCCACAGGCCGGCCGGGCCGGAGCCCGAAGCCUGCGGCCGCGCCCACAGCCCACGGCGGAGCCGGCAAGCAGGUCUCGUCGCUGAUCGUGAACUGGUGGUUUUCUCUCUUGGUUUUGGUUUCUGCCUUCGCUUCUGUCUUCCCCUCUCCCCCUUCUGCCCACUCCCCCUCCGCCCGGGAGCAGCACAGGGGUGUCACCGGCAGCCAGAUGUCCCCAGAACAGCGGGGGUCUUCACUCCUCCCUGAGUCCCAGGGUCUUGCGUUUGCCGAAAUGACAAACGAACGAAGGCUCAAGGACCCUUUUGGGGGCUGCGCUCCUAGCAACCUCGAACAAAGGGGACAUUGAGUUGGGUGGGCAGGGAGCACAGGAGACGGGGGAGGCUAGUGAGCGGCUCAGAUGGCCCAGAAAGGUACGUCAGGUGAUGUCUCAGCAGCCCUGGGGCUGGCGCUGCUGCCACGGUACUGGCCCCAGCUGCGCUGCUGCCCGUGGGCGCCCCAGGGCCCCCCCUUGCUGAGCCGUGAGCAGUAGGAGUGGCGUCUGCCAUCUUUUUGUCCCUUCGUCUCCCCCACCUGACGCUGCCAGCCCUCCCCACACCAUCCAGCGUCACGGGGGCUGGGAGGAAGGGGUGGAGCCAGGGAGGACCUUGCCAUCCAAGAAACAUGUCUUACCUGAGUGGGGGCCAACAGCUCCCGGAAGGUUCGUUCAGAGAGGGGAGAGUGGGGGGGUGUUUCUGUCCUGGGGGGGCGGGGGCCCUCGGCCGCGUGCCCUGUGCCUUAAACUCCUGCCCGCGGGCCCCACCUGCCUGCUCCAUCCAGGUGGGUGGCAGGGGUGACUCUUGCUCACCAGAACUGUCCAUCAGUGCUCACGCUCCCCUGGGAAGGACGAGUGUCCCUGGGGGACCAGGCCCUCCCCCUACGCAGCAGUCACGUCCCCUCCCCCUCGUCACACCCACUCUUGCUGCCGAGGUUGACAAUCUGAGGCUAGGUCUGUAGGCUCCGCACACAGGUGCCGGCCGGGGCCUCCCAUGGCCAGGGUGCCGCGCCAGCCGACGUGGGCCUGCGGGCGGGGCUCCCGUGCCAGCCCAACAGCUGCCCUGUGUCCCGCUUUGCGUGAUGGAGUGCUCACUUCUCCUGGGGUUGGAACUUGGUCAGUAGACGCCGGUCUGACUGUGCUUAGCCCAGAACAAAGCAAAGCAGCAGCAUCCACGGCUGUUGAUGAUUUAGAUUUGGCUUUUAAAGAAACCACCAUGUCCCUUUGAGUCCCUCACGGGUUUUUGAGCAGCUUGGAUUGAGACAACUUGGGCUGGUCUUUAUUCUUUCUGUUCGUCCUGUACAUAGAGGGGAGGAGUCUAUGAAAUGUCGGUUCCGGUCCCCCAGCGGUGACCCUACCGGUGGCCGGCCGGAACGCGUCACUUUAUUAUUUAAGGAGCGUGUGUACAGAGUCGCUGUUUCUUAACAGUAGCGUGUGCGGGGUUGGGUUUUACUUUGUUCCGGAUUUUUUUAAGUGCUCUCAUUUCAGUCUCUCCCUCCCCUUGCCGGCCUCGCCCCGCUCUGCCGAAUGCUGCCGUGCGUGCUCGGGGACCGCUGGGCACUCGGGGCCCGUGGACGUGGGAACUGUGGUCCCCCCCGCGUUGCAGAGGGCCCCUGGGGUCUCCUGUAGCACGGGCAAAAUCUAACAGUGUUUCGGUCUCAGAACCCAGCCGCUCAUGGACGGACGCGCGUCUGCGCCCCUCCGCCUUGUUCUCAGCCACGAGCUGGACCGGGGCGGUGGGGCUCAACAGACCUGCACCCACACAUCACCCCCCUUCAGGAGCCCUCGGCGGUCUGAGCAGAGGGGCCGGCGUGUCCGGUGACCCCUGCUUGAGGACAGCAGGUGUGACGUGCGUUUUAACUUACUGGCUGACAGGCACCGCACGCCGCACCUCACUGACACCCUCUUGGCUCUAGGGGUUGCCAGACCCCAGGCCAGCGCUGCAGCCUGGCCGCCGUUUGUCUGUCUUGGGGGCUGGGCAUGGGAGUCGGUCCUCAGACAGACAGACGAGACGCGAUCGGGCCGGUUUGGCCCCCUGCAGAGAGUCGGAGCUCCCUGCGGGUGCGGGUGGAGCCAGGGAACGGGCAGGCACGUGCCGCGUCUGAACGGCACCCCAGUUCUGAGAAGCGCCUCCCCCACACCUCCCCAAUGUUACAUUGUAAUAUAUAUUCCCAACUAACCUGGCUGAUAGUGGCAUCUUCCUGCAGACAUUUCAAACCUGUAACUUUUAUAUGAAAGGAAAAUAAACACGUGAAAGCCGCCAAUGUGUGUGCAGCACGUCACAUAUGUCUAAGUGACAGUCAGUUCAA